AUGUCUGUUACUACCAUUACCAGGAAAGAGGAGAGCUUGAGCAUCCUUCGGUACUACUUGAAAAUAUCCGCGAGGGCCACAAAUACUUCCCCGACGAUAUCGACGAAUUUGGCGAUGCUAUAUUGGAGGUACCUAGACUCCACACAACACUAUGCCGUACGCAAUAUCUUGCCACAGAUGGGAGGCUGCCGAAAUCCUGUUAAAACUUUGGGAAAACUUGUUACCUCACCAAGGAUUACCGAGGUUGGGCUGUCUGGCGAUGAAACUGUCGGUUACCGCCUUAGAGGGGAGUAUAGUGAAUCCGAACAGCGUCCUGACUCGCUGUGUAUUAUACUGGAAAGAGUGACAUCUUAUAUCCCUGACUGGAAUGAGAUUCAUAGAAGCGAUAUCCAUCUGGAGGCAAUGGGUCCAGAAAGAACAUGA